CUCUCUCUCUCUCUCUCUCUCUCUCUCUUCCCCAAAUGAGACCGAAUGGAAGUCGUGAUGAAAAUUGACCGAGUCUGGAUGUACAGUGGGGAUUCUGCCAUGUCUCCAAACAUGAGAGGAGGGAAUGCAGACUAGAGAAAGACGGACUGGCAUCAGCAGCACCAACACAUUAACAAGGUCUUCAUGCAGAUCCGCUGCAGUUUGCACAUUUUGGGAAAAUUCAAGAAGUUUAGAUUUUAGAGCUUUAAGCAUCUGUUUUAUGAACCCUGGGAUAUUUUCCAAAGGAAGAACAUUAACCUCCAUGAGCGAACUUCCAAUGCCCAACAUCCCAAAGGCUGACCUCCGGCAGCUUGGCAGCAGCUGUAGCCGUGUUUGCAGAGUGCUGGUGAGCUGAAGCUGCAGGGAGAUGUCACAGCUGUACUAUCGGCGGACUGACAGCUCCUCGUACCGGGACCGCAUCCCGCUGAGAAUCGUGAGGUCCGAGUCGGAGCUGUCGCCUUUGGAGAAAGCCUAUCUGGGAGCUGUGGAGAAGGGGGACUAUGCCAGCGUCAAACAGGCCCUGGAGGAGGCAGAGAUCUACUUCAAGAUCAACAUCAACUGCAUCGACCCUCUGGGCCGCACGGCGCUGCUGAUCGCCAUCGAGAACGAGAACCUGGAAAUCAUCGAACUCUUGCUGAGCUUCAGCGUGUACGUCGGCGACGCCCUGCUGCACGCCAUCCGGAAGGAAGUGGUGGGCGCCGUGGAGCUGCUGCUGAACCACAAGAAGCCGAGCGGUGGCAUGCAGGUUCCUCCUAUCUUAUUGGACAAGCAGUUCUCUGACUUCACCCCUGACAUCACUCCAAUCAUCCUCGCCGCACACACCAACAACUAUGAAAUUAUUAAGCUUCUGGUGCAGAAAGGUGUGUCCAUGCCGCAGCCACAUGAGGUUCGCUGUAACUGCGUGGAGUGUGUGUCGAGCUCCGACGUGGACAGCCUUCGCCACUCGCGCUCCCGCCUCAACAUCUACCGAGCGCUGUCCAGCCCCUCGCUGAUUGCGCUCUCCAGCGAGGACCCGUUCCUCACCGCCUUCAGGCUCAGCUGGGAGCUGCAGGAGCUCAGCAAGGUGGAGAACGAGUUCAAAUCGGAGUACGAGGAGCUGUCGCAGCAGUGUAAACAGUUUGCCAAGGACCUGUUGGACCAGACGAGAAGCUCCAGAGAGCUGGAGAUGAUCCUCAACUACCGAGACGACAUCAACCUGCUGGACGAGGAGGAAAACAACGACCUGGCUCGACUCAAACUGGCCAUCAAGUACCACCAGAAAGAGUUUGUAGCUCAGCCCAACUGCCAGCAGCUGUUGGCGUCCCGGUGGUAUGACGAGUUCCCGGGCUGGCGGCGGCGCCACUGGGCGGGGAAGUUCAUCACCUGCGUGUUCAUCGGCCUGUGUUACCCCGUGUUCGCUCUCUGCUACCUCAUCGCUCCCAAGAGUCGCCACGGCCACUUCAUCCGCAAGCCCUUCAUCAAGUUCAUCUGCCACACCUCGUCCUACCUGACCUUCCUGUUCCUGCUGCUGCUCGCCUCCCAGCACAUCGUCACCACGGAGCAGGACCGCCAGGACCGCCAGGGCCCCGCCCCCACCACCGUGGAGUGGAUGAUCCUGCCCUGGGUGCUGGGUUUCAUCUGGGCAGAGAUCAAACAGAUGUGGGACGGUGGUUUCCAGGACUACGUCCAUGACUGGUGGAACCUGAUGGACUUUGUCAUGAACUCUCUCUACCUGGCCACCAUCUCCCUCAAGAUUGUAGCCUACACUAAGUACAGUGGGACUAAACCCAGGAACCAGUGGGAGAUGUGGCACCCGACGCUGGUAGCGGAGGCAGUGUUUGCUAUCGCCAACAUCUUCAGUUCGCUGCGCCUCAUCUCGCUGUUCACAGCCAACUCUCACCUGGGGCCGCUGCAGAUCUCUCUGGGCAGAAUGCUGCUGGACAUCCUCAAGUUCCUCUUCAUCUACUGUCUGGUCCUCCUGGCGUUUGCCAACGGGCUGAACCAGCUGUACUUCUACUAUGAAACCAAGGCCUCAGAUGAGAAAGGAAAAUGCAAAGGCAUCCGCUGUGUGGAGCAGAAUAAUGCCUUCUCCACGUUAUUUGAGACCCUGCAGUCUCUCUUCUGGUCCAUCUUCGGCCUCAUCAGCCUGUACGUGACCAACGUGGAUGCAGACCAUCAGUUCACUGAGUUUGUCGGCGCCACCAUGUUCGGCACCUACAACAUCAUCUCCCUGGUGGUGCUCCUCAACAUGCUGAUAGCCAUGAUGAACAACUCCUACCAGCACAUCGCUGAUCAUGCGGACAUCGAGUGGAAGUUUGCCAGAACAAAGCUGUGGAUGAGCUACUUUGAAGAAGGGGCCACUCUGCCAGCCCCCUUUAACAUCGUCCCCAGCCCCAAAUCAUUCUGGUAUCUGAUAUGCUGGAUCAAGAGGCAGGUGUGCAAGAGGACAAGAUCCAAACGUCCAGAAACCUUUGGAAAUCUUGGAAGGCGAGCAGCAGAGAAUCUGAGGAUAAACCACCAGUAUCAGGAGGUGCUGAGAAACUUGGUGAAGCGUUAUGUGGCCGCCAUGAUCAGAGAUGCCAAGACAGAGGAAGGUCUGACUGAGGAGAACUUCAAGGAGCUGAAACAAGACAUCUCCAGUUUCCGGUACGAGGUGAUGGGCAUGAUGAAGACGGGGAAGCCCGCUCUGCAGGCGGCCAAGGCCAGCUGCAGCUCGGUGGAGUCCAGCCUGGCUUACCCCAACGCCUCGCUCAAGGUCUCUCCGUCCCCGCAGAGCAGCCAGGCCAAGAGCAAACUCAACCGCUUCAAAAUAAUCGCAUCCAUCCUGAAGCAGGGCUCUUCUACAGCCUCGCCCCGGCCGCCAGAAUCCUCCAACGGUCUGCCCAACGGACUCCUGGCCGCCGCCGCCGCCGCCUCCGAUGAGAGCGCUGGACUAAAGUCAAGCCAGAAGAGAAGUUCCCCCAAAGACAGCUCUGACUUUGGCUUGUUCCAGAAACGCCAAGCAGGAGAAAUGUCCAGAGAGAUGUAUUCUGUGUCGGAGGAAGCAGGAGAGUCAGAGGGCCCAGACGCAGAGCAGCAGGAAAAAAAAAAGGAUAUAAAAGGAACGGAGGAGGAAGCUGCAGCAGCAAAUGAGGCUCAGGAUGAAAGCGAGGCUUCGAACACUAACAACAGCUCAGAUGAAGGUGGAAAGAAAGAAGGCGAGGCGAAGGAUAAAGAGAGCGAACCCUGUAGUGACUCAAUAGCCGGUGAAUGUUUGUCAUCCAGAGAAGAAGAAGCAUAAAUAUGUGCAACUUG